AUGUCAGACAAUCUGGGUUUGGGCUUCAGUCCUGUGCCACAAAAGUUGCCUGUGUCCAAAAAAUUCUCCUUAUCUAUGAAUGCCCCACCAUACCUAAUCGAGGGAGAGGAGAUUGUACUGGAAGUGGACAUUAUCAACCAUUUAGAGCAGGACAUAAAGGUCAUCAUAAUGCUCUCACAGACCAAGGCCUUUAAGUUUGUUAUGGAAAAGAAAGAGGGUGUCUCUGUGAUAAAUGCCCAGACACUUACCAUAGGGAGUCAUGCUUCUGCCUCAGUCCUGUUCCCUAUAAGGCCUGUGGUUCUGGGUGAGAUGGAAAUAUCUGUGGAUGCUAUAUCUGAGGAGGCAUCAGACAGCAUAGUCUGGAGUCUGAUUGUCAAGCCUAAGGGAGUCGAACAGUUCUUCUCUGAGACUCUGUUCCUGGAGCUGGGACCAACGAUGCAGAACAGUUCCAGAUCGGUCUCCUUCUUCUUUCCACCAGAUGUGGUGCCAGGCAGCCAGUGGGCCAGUGUGGCAUUGGUUGGUGAUAUCUUGGCCUUGUCCAUUAGCAACUUGGAUUCCCUGGUUCAAGUUCCCAUUGGUUGUGGGGAGCAGAGUAUGAUCCACUUUGCUCCCAGUAUUUAUAUUCUUCAGUACCUGAACAAGUCAGCCCAUGACAAUAGCGAGAUCAGGAGCAAGGCUCUGACCCGUAUGAUGGAGGCGUAUUGGAGGCAACUGUCCUUUCAACGAGACGAUGGUUCCUUCAGUGCCUGUGGAGCCAGCGACCGCUCUGGGAGCACAUGGCUGACAGCUUUUGUGCUGCGGUGCUUCCUCCAGGCUAGGUCCUACAUUCCUAUAGAUUAUAGUGUCCUGGCCAGGGCCAUGGCAUGGCUCUUGAAUCACCAGGGGCCUGGGGGAGAGUUCUCCGAGGUCGGCAGGUUGAUCCACACAGAGAUGCAGGAAGGCCUAGAUAAUGGCCCGGUGGCACUAACUUCCUUUGUACUGAUCACAAUGUUGGAGGACGAAAGCUUUGUGGAGAUGUAUGCAAAAAACAUAUCCCUGGCCCAAAGUUAUCUGGAGAACAAAGUGUCCAUUGGGGUGGUCAGUAACUACAGCCUGUGUCUGGUUGCUUAUGCUUUAAGUCUGACCAAGAGUCCUACAUCGUACAAGGCUCUGACUGAACUCACCAACAGAGCUGACCACAUAGAUGGAGUUAUGAUGUGGAGAUCCUCUGUUGGCAGGAAUUCACAUUCCCAGCAUGUGAACUCAGUGCAGAUCGAAAUGGCCUCUUAUAUGCUGCUGACUCUUUUUAAACAUGCCAACUUUGCUGAGGGCAUUGCACUCUUGAAGUGGUUAAGCAAGCAGAGAAAUUAUUUAGGAGGCUACGGAACAACACAGGACACAGUGGUUGCCCUUGAGGCUCUGGCUUGCUAUGCUUCAUUCAGCGGUGCCUUCGCCAUUGACCUCAGAAUUAAUAUAUCUGCCCCAGCAUAUUCAUACACAUCUCUGUUUACUAUCAACUCCAACACCUAUCAGAUGUAUCAUAAUCAAAUGAUUAAUGCUGACAAAGAUCUAAAAUUAAAUGUAUACAUGGAAGGAAGAGGAUUUGCGUUAUUUCAGAUGAAUGUCUUUUACAACCUGGAGAGCAAAGCCUACGAACAGAGCAAUGCCAUAGACAAGGAGGAUUUAUUUUUAGCAGUUGAUGUCAUUAAUGAACAGGACCUCAAUCGCAUGCUCUUGACUAUAUGCAUGAGAUUAAAAGACAGCCAGGCUAUUCCUCGUACAGGAAUGGCCAUACUAGAUGUGGGCAUACUCAGCGGUUUCCGUCUCUCUGCUGAAGCUGCUCUUCCAACAGACCUUGUUAGGAAGGUGGAGACAUGGCCUGGGAACGUGAUCUUGUACCUGGAUUCGCUUAACAAGUCAGAGGUUUGCAUCAGACUUCCAGUCAUCAGAGAGUAUAACGUGGCCCAUGUACAGGAUGCUGUGGUUCAGGUUUACGACUACUAUCAACCUUUGAGGAGAGCAGCAAGGACAUACAACUUGGAUGUUCUGUACAACAGGGAUGUCUGCUCCUUCUGUGGUGUCAACUGUAGUCAGUGCCGGUCAGAAAUCACCGUCAUGUCGUCUCACUCAUUAAGCAGCACCACCACCUACAGCUUAACUCUCCUAUUUCUUGGAAUCACCACCUUGUUCAUUGUUGUCUAAUUUUACUGUAGAUGUAAUGAACAUACACUUAGAGAUGUCGACUUAGUAUUGCACGUUGAUGCAGUUUUAUACAAAAAUGAUUCUCUUGACAAAUGAUCUGCAUGCUACCCUUUCAUUACUGCACAUGUGCCUUCUACUGUUUACAAUGUGUGUGGCUUUGCAUGGUUUGAGGAACAGAACUGAGUCAAAAAUGCCUCUCUUGGAAACUCAUCUGUUAAAUUUCUUUCAUGUACUCUGCAUAUUUUGGUUCAAUACAAUAGAAAAAUGAAAGUAUGUCUUUACUUACUUUAG